UGUGUGUGUUUGUGUGUUAAGAGAGGGGAGGGAAUAUGAUAAGAGUACAUGCAUAAUACACUAAAGCAGUAUUUACUUACACGAUUGUUUCCUGUAUUACUAUUUUAUAAUACAGGAUCCAGAUAUCGGGAGACAGGUUGCGUAUAACAAGAUGUUCGUAUUAGGUCUAGCGCAAGCGCUUCGACUCAGAUUCUUGGCUCCUGCAUUCAGCAUUUUGGCACCUUUUGUUGUCCGUCCGAGUCACACACACAACGGGUUCAUGCCCGGAUGGUCAAAUCCCAAAGACUGGAUCCGGUAUGUUUACUCAUGUUUUCAGAAGGUUACCGGUCCACAUAUACGCUCGCAAGCGAUGAGAUUGCCGUGAGAGAGAAGAGAAGAGAAGAGAAGAGUUACCAGUCCGCACAGCAGUGAGGUGUGCGGCCGAGAGAGAGAGAUAAAGAUGACAAGUAAUGAAAGCUUCUAUUUG